UUUAUAACCAUAUAGAGUAGGUCCAUGUGUCGCAGCGUAAUUUAACUCAUAAGUUUUCCUGCUAAAUUGCUGAGAUUUAUAAUUGUAAUCGGCACCGACAUGGCUUUAGUUUAUAGGUAUCCAAGGGAUGAUAGUUCAGAGUCUGACAGUGAAAUAUGGUCAGGUUCCGAAGACGAAGAGUCGGAUGAUGCAGAUCUCAGAGAGAUAGCUGCUGCCGCAGCUGCAGGCACUAUUCAGCCAUAUCAAUAUGAGCCGCUAGCCCCUGAAACGCCUGUUCUGGAGGAGGGAGCUAAAGCAGACCUGGACAAAAGAUUGGGAAAACAACAACUGGUGUUCUUGCAGCGGAGGAUGUGAAGCAAUGCCGACGGCGAAGGAGUCCGUGUGCUGCAAGGAAGUUGAGAAAGUCAUCAAAAAAAUGGAUAAAUUUAAGGAGAACGACAACCUCAAAUGCAUAACAGAACACCCCGGGUUCAAGACGGUGUGCUUGGACAAGCAUGUUCUAGACGUGGCAUAUUACCAGUACAGGCAGCAGUAUGACAUCGAGAUGUCUGCAAACGAUGAGAGAUACCGACUUGUGGCUCACCGCCAGCUGGCAAGAUGGUGCUGGGAAUACCUUGGUCGUCAUGUAGGAGUUCCUCUCCCUUCUUGUGCUGUCGUCAAGAUUCGUCAGGCAUUUCCAUCAGCAUCAAACAAAAACACCUGAUGUUUUUGUUUUGGAACAGUGCGCAUGACCUCAACUACGUCUACAGCAUAUUUCUGUAGAACUGAAUGCUACAUGUAGAUCGAAUGAGACUGAUUUUUUUGGUCAAUGUUCAGUUGUUCUUGUUUCAUCAUUGAUCCUUUCUGCCUGAGAUCAUGUACAGUACUAAAAUGAAAUAUAUCAACACUCCUUUGAAGAAAAACAAAUCAAAUUGUGUGCCCUUUGAAAUUUGUGUAGAGUAGUCAAAAACCAGCCCAUUUACCCUGAUUUCUGAGUUAGAAUUCUCAAGAACAAGACAUCAAAUUAUCCUUCAUAAGUUGGGCUACAGUAUUGAUCCUAUUGAAAUACCUGUUAAAGUCUGAACCUGAAACAGUUCGAGCUUGAACUAGUGGAACCAUGCUUUGUAUGACCAAUAAUUAAAAAUAAUUUUACCAGUUGCAU